CUUUUAUUCAGUGGGAGUGCGAUUCGAGACCCGGGAAAAGUCACGCCUGAGUGUAGUAGAGGCGAAAGACCGAGCGGUUCUUGUGAACGAGACUCCAUUUACAUAUUCACCCUAAGGGUUUAAAGGCGUGUGUACCACCAAAGAUUAGUGUGACAUACAUUGGUACCUUGGCAGUGGACUACUCUGACUGCACAUUCUGCUCUCAAGCGUUUUUUAAUAAGACUACUUCUCCAGAGACAGGAUAGAGAGGAAGAAAUAAAAAAGACGACUGAAAUAGUGAUGCCAUCCAACAAGUACUCCUCCGCUAUCAUGGCGGAAAGUGACAAGAUGACUGCCACGGCUGCAGUGAAUGGUGACACGUCUGUGGGAGAGGGAUUGUCAGAGAACGACAGCGGUCUGGAGAUGACCAAUGAGAACAGCCCGCUGACUGCGGCAGAGCCACCUUCACCUUUCUGCCCCAAACAGAACGGAGGCGCAGCCUCACCCACAGAUGAGAGUGUGAACAGCAUCAGAAGAAAGAGAUCACGUAAGCGCUCCGACACAGAGGAAGACAGUGCCUGGGAUUCCUCCUACAGUGAGGAAAAGGCUGACAUUGGGUCUGGUUGUGAGACGGGUCUGCGGCAAAGGCCUCGUCCCAGGACUAUUUUCCAGGCAGGACUGACAGCUCACAGUAAACCCCGCAACAGAGAGAGGGGACAUAGUAAACAGGAUCACAGCAACCUGGUUUCUAGUGUUCCUGAGGGUCCCGUACUGGAGCUCAUGGAACAGGACUCUAAAGACUCUGCACAGAGCAGCGCCACAUCCACCUCGACUACUGACACAGUCAGCCAACCCGAGUACAAGGAUAAUAAAGGUUUUGGUAUUGGAGAGUUAGUCUGGGGCAAGAUAAAGGGCUUUUCUUGGUGGCCCGGGAUGGUGGUGACCUGGAGAGCAACAGGGAAGAGGCAGGCGUCCCAUGGCAUGCGCUGGCUGCAGUGGUUUGGAGAUGGAAAAUUCUCCGAGGUGUCUGCUGACAAACUCGAUUCCAUCACAGCCUUCCCAAAGUUUUUCAACCAGUCAUCCUACACCAAAUUGGCUUCCUAUCGUAGAGCGAUCUUCCAGGCCCUGGAGGUGGCUAGUAUACGGGCAGAGAAGACUUUUCCUCCGUGUGAGUCAGACAGUCUUGAAGAACAGGUAAAGCCCAUGCUUGACUGGGCUCAUGGUGGCUUUAUGCCCAAAGGUCAGGAGGGCCUGAAACCCAGAGAGAACGCAGCUGAGUAUUGUGUUUUUCCCAUGGCCUCAGAGAGCUCAGCACUGCUGGACUCCAGCCCUCCAGAGUUCCCCCCCUCUGCUAAGAGAGCUCGACUCAGCCUCUGUAAGGCCAAAACUGGCACUGAGGACGUCUACAGCAGAGAACAAAUGGUCAAUGAAGUUUUGAAGAAUCACAGAAGUAUAGAAGAGUUUUGCCUCUCUUGUGGAAAGACGAGAGUGGCGACCUUCCACCCGCUGUUUGAAGGAGGCCUUUGCCUAACAUGCAAGGAUGUUUAUUUAGAGAUCUCCUACAUGUACGAUGACGAUGGCUACCAGUCGUACUGCACCGUGUGCUGUGGCGGCAGAGAGGUGCUGCUCUGUGGAAACGCCAACUGCUGCAGGUGUUUCUGUGUGGACUGUCUGGAUAUAUUAGUGGGAGCAGGAGCGGCCAACAGCGCCCGUGAUCUGGACCCAUGGCGCUGCUACAUGUGUCAACCGCUGCAGCAGUACGGCGUGUUAAAGAAACGCCACGACUGGAGCCUGAAACUACAAGAGUUCUUCGUCAAUGACAAUGGACAGGAGUUUGAAAGUCCAAAAAUUUACCCUGCAGUCCCAGCAGAGCAGAGACGUCCAAUCAGAGUCCUUUCACUGUUUGAUGGCAUUGCGACAGGUUAUCUGGUGCUUCGGGACUUGGGCUUCAAGGUUGAUGUGUACAUUGCAUCAGAAGUAUGUGAGGACUCGAUUUCAGUGGGAGUUGUCCGACAUGAAGGAAAAAUCCAGUAUGUGCAUGAUGUUCGCAACAUCACCAGAAAAAAUGAAAAAUUAAAUCCUUAUGGGAAAAAUACUUCCAGGCAGUUGAAAAAAUGGAUUGCUGAAUGGGGGCCCUUUGACUUGGUGAUUGGUGGAAGUCCCUGUAAUGACCUUUCAAUUGUCAACCCUGCCAGGAAAGGCCUGUACGAGGGGACUGGACGGCUGUUUUUUGAGUUUUACCGCCUUUUGAGUGAAGCAAAACCAAAGGAAGGGGAAGACCGGCCUUUCUUCUGGAUGUUUGAGAACGUGGUCGCCAUGAGCGUCAACGAUAAGAGAGACAUCUCACGAUUCCUGGAGUGUAAUCCAGUGAUGAUUGACGCUAUCGAGGUAUCAGCUGCUCACAGGGCACGUUAUUUUUGGGGAAACCUGCCAGGAAUGAAGAGGCCUCUGUGUGCUUCUGGGAUGGAUAAAUUAGAACUUCAGGACUGUUUGGAACACGGCCGUGUUGCCAAGUUUGGUAAGGUGCGUACCAUCACGACACGGUCCAACUCCAUCAAACAGGGCAAAGACCAACACUUCCCUGUCAUGAUGAAUGGCAAAGAGGACAUCCUGUGGUGCACAGAGCUCGAGAGGAUUUUUGGCUUUCCUGUCCACUACACGGAUGUGUCCAACAUGGGCCGUGGCGCCAGACAGAAGUUGCUGGGACGGUCUUGGAGUGUUCCUGUAAUCCGACACCUAUUCGCCCCACUGAAGGACUACUUUGCUUGUGAAUAACACAUGUAGUCCAUGUUCAGUUAGUCCAAAGUCACACAACAAACACAAUAACAAAGUACAAAACCAAAUGUCCUCAAUAAGGAGCUCUUGGAGACCAGGUAAUCUCCAAUUUUACAAGACGAUCUCAGCUUUGGAAAGACAAGCUGAGAAGUCAGGCUAACUUGAGGAUGAGGAUAGCCUUGACCAUCAGACCAAACUCAAGGUAGACACUGUGCUGUGACACUUAGAGCGUCACUUAGUAAAAACACAGUUAGCUUCUGUACUAGACGUUUUUGAAAUUGAUGUGCCUGUCAAGGUCUUUGAAACUGCCAGGACACAUGGAGUUAGAUUUUAUCAUUUAUUCUCAUGAAAAAAAAAAUGCUAAACUGCCUUACCGUCUCAAACUUGAAUUUUUUUUUAAAUUGAACAAAACAUUUUACAGUAUCUUACAAAACUUAUCUGGCUAAGAAAUGCACAAAUGUGCAUUUGUCAUAGAUUUAGUAUGCUUGCACGUGACAUAUUUCCAUGGUAUUGUUGGUGUGAGAAAAAUACUUGAAAUUCAUCAAUGCAAACUUACAAACACCAAGCUGUGAGCCCUUACAAAUGCAUUUAAAGAGAUGCAUUAAAAGAUAUGAUUCCCCAUUUGCGUUUUAUACAUUCCCUCUAUAUAACAUUGCACAAUAACAGUAUAACCAGAAGGUGUUUUUAUUAGCAGAACUCGAGGGCAUUAGCCUGCUGAACAUUAUACAAUUGUUUCUUGACAAGUAAUAAUUAGUGUCAAGUUAUUGCUUAAGAUAGAGAUCAGUGUACUGUAUUUUAACCUUAAAAUUAAUGUUUACAAACUUUAACACAUUUCAACACAUUUUUAGAGCUUUCUUAUUAUACCUUGAUUUUUUUAGAUUGACCUCUAUGAUGGGACUGUUUUUCUCACAUAGAUGCUUUUAUUUGACUUCAAAACUGUUGUUUUUAUGCUUACUGUUGCUACAAGCAAUAACAAACGCAUUGUAUCAUUGUAGCACUCUCAUUCUUAAAACUGUCUAAAACACUUAAUGUGUGGUGCCUUUUGAAGAGAACAGAUACAUCCUGCCAUAGGAGGGUUGAGAAGAAGCUUUCUGCUUUUGUUUGAUAGACCUAAUGCUGUAACACAAACUGUUUUAUGUCUAAUUAUAUGCUUAAUGAAAACUACUGUCCAAAGUCAAAGCUUGAAGUCUAACGUAACAAUUAAUACUUCACAAGACAUGGAACACAAUGUUUGGAUACUACAUGUAAAUUACAGUCAUUUGUCCUGUACACAUCUUGACAGGCAAAAAUGUAUGUAAAACAGCACAAAUAUGUGCUUACUGUCACUGUGUUUUCUUUAAAGUUUUUUAUUGUAGUGUAAACACAAUAUUGAUAUCAUAGCCAAUAUUUUGCUUAGUAGAUCUUUAAAUUUGAUAUAUAAAGCUGUCUUUUUACUUGUUCAUUAUGUUACCAAAUAAACAUGUUAAUCUAUACGUUUGAACAUUAACAGUGCUUUUAUACAGUCAAUUUAUAUGUACUUUUAUUUUUUAUACUUUUUUUUCUUAGUUUUUGUAUACAAUUUGUUUUUCUUUUGGGACUUAUGGUAUAAAACAUAAAAAGUAACCAAAAAAUGUUAGUAUCCUAAACAAAACCAAUAAAGACAGACUUCAAAACUUG